AUGGAAAACAGCAGUGGUGUUGCAGAUCCGACACGCGAGAGAAGAGCCGUUACGAUGGCUAAAUUAAACUCGUUGCCGAGGACUAAGUGCGCGGCUGAUGUCGGCUGCGAAUUCGCAGAGUUGUAUUAUUCCGUGAUGCGUACUUCACCAGAGUACGCAAAUGAAUUUUACGACGAACGCNGCGAGUUCCAAACGGUGUUUGAAGACGGGUCGGCCAUCGUCGUCAGGACUCGGUUACAGGUAAAGCACAUUUUGAUGCGACCUAUGUCCGCGUGCCGCUAUUUAGUUAAAUCGAUUAUUCCGAUGUCCUGUGGCGGAUCGUCCGGUGGCGUGAUGGUUAUGGUGACCGGCGAGCGGUUUACGCAAAAUCUCCUCUUGGAGCACCGUCCAGAAAGGAUGUUGGGUUACGCCAUUGUUGUGUCCUUAACACAAUAUAUUCCCGAAGGACCAGUCGCUCACCACCAGACAUUAAGCCACCAGCCACUAACAACAUUCGGUGGUGGUGGUGACAGCCAGGCUAUCACUGGCGCCGAAAAACAUGUCAACACGUCCGUCCUUAAAAAGCCAGAUUACUUGAUUUCCGCUAUCAUAAAUUCAGACUUCGACCGUGCCGCCGAAGUCACAAGGGAAACGGUAAUAUCUUCCGAAAUGACGCCCAUUAAACAACCCGAUACCGCCGCUGAAACUACGUCCGAUUCGGAGCCCACGUCUGAAAAAACCGCUCCCGGUAAUGUUAUAAAACCCGAAACCGACAAAGAAAAUACUUCCGUCCCAAAACUCACGUCUGAAAAAACCGCUCCCGGUAAUGUUACGGAACACGAAACCGACAAAGAAAAUACUUCCGUCCCAGAACUCACGUCUGAAAAAACCGCUCCCGGUAAUGUUACGGAACACGAAACCGACAAAGAAAAUACUACCAUCCCAGAAACCGUCUCUGAAAAAACCGUUUCCGAGAACAAAGAACCUAAAGCUGCCAACGAAAUCACAACCUUCGCGGAUCCUGCUUCUUCAAAUAACAUUCAAGAGAACAUAGAACUCAAACCCGGCACUGACAAUAAGAAAAUUGUAAAAAAAGUAAUUAAUUUAGUUCUGUUUUCUGCUGUCUGUUGGGCUGCGUAUAAAUACCUGAAAUAA